GACUAUCUACUCGCCCACUCCCGAUGACGACAUGCCAUACAAACGAUGGUUCCAUUAUCUACCCCUUGUUGGAACUGUCUUUUUCAUCCUGGCACCUCAACCAUCUCUGCUGAUCGUCCUGGUGAACUAUCAUUUACGAACUCGAGGCCAGCCUAUCGUCUUCGGCAUCCAUCUUUCCGUUACAUAUACACUCACUUUUCUAAUAAUCACAUCUCUGAUCGUCUGCGUCGUUCGCGAUCCAGGGCCUGUGCAGAUCACUCCAUCCGAACGUGGAGGGGCCACGGACGAAGUUGACCUGGCGGAGGCCCUCAUGCCACCUGAUUUUGAUUUUUCUGCACCCGGAAAAUGGUGUAGGCAGUGCUGGGCACCAAAACCGGAUCGAACACAUCACUGCACCCAUUGCGGUAGAUGUGUUCUGAAGAUGGGCAUGUCGUUGAUCAUCUUGCCCAUCGUUUUAUGGCUCAAAUUGAUUUCAGAUCACCACUGCCCAUGGGUUGGGGCAAAAUGUAUUGGACAUAGAACAUACCCUGCUUUUCUUCACUUUCUGUUCUGCAUUACUCUACUCGCUACAUAUAUCGCAAUAAUGUGUAUCUUAGCUCUGGUGUAUGCUUUCAACAAUCCUUAUGUGAUAGACGAAACUACGCCCAUUCAUGAAAUAUUACUCGCCUUUGCAGGCCUAGUGUUUUCCCUCGUUAUCGGCUCAUUUUUUCUUUACCAUGUAUACCUUGUCACAACGAACCAGACGACCCUAGAAAAUCUUUCUCCUUUCCUUCUCUUGCGACACCUCCCGCCUCUCCCAAGAACCGGUCACUCACUCUCUGACCCUCCCCUGGAGCCCGAACUCUCUUACCCCCAGCGCCGGCUCGUGAAAGACGCCCACGGGCACAUCAGACUAUACGAUGUCGGCUGGAAGCAAAACUGGAUCCAGGUCAUCGGCUGGAAUCACAACUACGGCUGGGUGGCUCGUAUUCUGAGCGGUGGCGCGAUCAAAGGAGACGGACGCACGUUCCCCCGAAAUCCAAAAUCAGAGGAGCUGCUCGCCCGACUUGCCGUGGAACUGGUUAACGCGGACAAGGACAACUAAAAUAGCUCAUUCUUCUGUGUCAUUCUUUUGGGAACUCUGUAUAUAUUGGCAUCAUCUAUCUAUAUCUGUAUCGAUCUACAUAACCUAAUUAGCUUAUUCGGUGUCUUCAUAGAGCAUUAUAUCCCUGUGGUCGUCACCUUGCUCACAAAUACAGUCAUUUCUCACACACCUAGUUCAUAAAUAUCCUCUUGAUAGAGUAAU